AUGACGAACGGACAAAACAAGAGGAGUCAAUGCAAUUUGAGGGAUAAUCACGAGGAUAUCGUAUUGUCAUCACCGCGGGGUCUUGUACCCGUGCGGUUCGGUGGCACAACGAUCCGUAAAAAACGUCAACCAACUGGUAUUAUUAAAGUUGACACGGUGAAGGGUAACGGUGGAUUUGGUGAUUACUCGGCGGCGGGUGAAUUUGAGGUUUGGGGUGACGAACAACGUGCAACGGAUGGUGAGGACCAUCAGGUUGUCGUUGGGCCCGGGGCCCCACGUGCCCAUUUACAGACACAGCAGAGAUGUAACGAUGGCAAUGUAUCAUCACUCAGGCCAUUGUUGCAUGUAACACACUGUGAAUUGCAUUCGCCCCGUGAGGCUGAACUACUGAGACUAGAUCAGCUUGAGAGCUUGGAUAGAAAAACUGUUGAGCGGGACCCGUAUUCUAUGAUGGAUAAUUUUCACAGCCCUGUACCACCACCGCUGCCACGACGUCAUGGCCGGCUACCACCUCCGCAACAGCAGGUGACCGUUGGUUCAUUGGGCAGUGGCAUGGGUACUGGCAACAGUGGCAAUGCCGGCAAUGGCGCUCAGGGUCAGCCAUUGGUCAUGCCGGGCUUUCCACUACGUGCUGCUGUUGUACCACAUUAUUCACCCUAUUCACCAUCACGUUUUCACAUUGAUAAACGCUGCCACCAUCGGUGCUCGUGGAAGUGCUUCUCGGUUGGGAUGAUACUACUUUUUGUUGCACUCACUGCCAUGCUCGCGUAUUUUAUAACCGUGAGCUCCAUGCGACCAAUCGACAACGCCAACUGCAUCCUGGAUCAAGAUGUGAGAACAGUAACCCAUGAGAACACUAACAUUCAUGAUCCCAUAUCCACUCAAAUGCCAACUGAAGAAUCACUACCAACGAGCACAGCGGAGCACUCAAGUGCGUCUGACAGCAGUGAGCAACAGAGUGACCCGCAGACCCAGCAAUCAGCCCAACAAUGGCCCGCUGUACUCGAGUUACAGGCAUACAAUGUGGCACAUUCAGUUGUUAUACCGGCGUAUCACUUCUGGAACUCAGAAUUCCAUAACAAGCAGCCAGCCUUCAUAAGACUCAAUCUUACGUUACCCUGGGGUGCCAACUUCGCCGUAUACGGUAGGCGAAAUGUUGCACCGAGUGUAACACAGUAUGACUUCGUGAAAUUUGUUCGCGGUGGCAGAGUGGAUCAAAGAUUGAAACGUGAAGUUGUACCCGGGGCUGUCAGCUUUAUGGAGGAGUCCGUAUUACACGCUGAGGACAUCGAUGCGAAUCAUGAGAAUGAUGGAACAGUUUACGAACACGUGCUACUCAAGAGAACAAUACACGAACCAAUGUUGGUUAAUGUUAGCUUGCUUCAGUACCUCGACACUGGUAGGUGGUUCCUGUCUGUUUAUAAUGACGAACUUCAGCCGUACAAAGUUACCUUAAUCAUCACUGAAGCCGAGGGCGUCUCCACAACUUGUCCAAAUGACUGCUCUGGGAGGGGAUCGUGUUACUUGGGCAAAUGCGACUGUAUGGAUGGCUAUCAGGGAGCCGAUUGCAGUAAAAGUGUCUGUCCGGUGCUCUGUUCAUCCCACGGACAGUAUGGCGGUGGUGUCUGUCACUGUGAGGAAGGCUGGAAGGGUGCCGAGUGCGAUAUUCCGCUUGGUGAUUGCCAAGUCCCCGAUUGCAAUCAGCACGGACAGUGCGUGAGGGGCUCUUGUGUCUGUAACCCCGGAUGGAAGGGACAGUUCUGUGAAGAACCUGACUGUCGAGAUCCAUCCUGCAGUAGUCACGGUGCCUGCGUUGCGGGAAAAUGCUACUGUAAAGCCGGCUGGCAAGGAGAGCGAUGUGAUCAGGUGGACCAACGAGUGUACAAGUGUCUUCCAGGAUGUUCUGAGCAUGGCUCCUAUGAUUUGGAAACAGCUCAGUGCAUAUGCGACGAUCACUGGACCGGUCUCGACUGCUCCCAACCCAGAUGUGCACUCCAAUGUGGUCCACAUGGCUCCUGCGAGCAGGGUGAAUGCAAAUGCCACGACGGUUGGACGGGCACCAAAUGCGAUCAGAAACCGUGCGAUUCCCGCUGUGCUGAGCAUGGACAGUGCAAAAACGGCACUUGCGUCUGCAGCCAAGGCUGGAAUGGGCGUCAUUGUACUCUGACUGGUUGCGAGAAUGGUUGCAGUAGACAUGGACUGUGUACGCUUCAUGAUGGCGAGUGGAAGUGCGCUUGUGCCACUGGAUGGGCGGGCAGGGACUGCAGUAUUGGACUUGAGAUGGAAUGCAGUGAUCAGCUUGAUAAUGACAAUGAUGGUAUGGUGGAUUGCUUCGAUAGCGAGUGCUGCUCGCACCCAACGUGCGCCAAACACCUCAUGUGCCUGGUCAGCAGUGACCCCGUUGAGGUGCUCUUCCGUAAACAACCACCUAGUGUCACAGCCUCAUUUUAUCAGCGCGUCAAGUUCCUCAUCGAGGAGAACAGUGUCCAGAGUUACGCCCACACAGACGAGUACGGUGAAAGUGCGUUCUGGAGUUCCUUUACACCGUGCCGAGUAGCCGUGAUGCGGGGCCAAGUAGUUACGGAGCAGGGGCUUGGAAUAGUAGGAAUACGAGUUUCAGUCGACAGAAAUUCACGAUUUGGAUUUACCCUGACGCGAGCAGGAGGAUGGUUCGACAUUCUCGUCAAUGGCGGAGGAGCUGUGACACUUCAGUUCCAACGCAACCCGUUCAAGCCCCUGACGAGGACUGUAUUUGUACCGUGGAAUCAAAUUGUCGUACUGCCACCAGUGGUAAUGACUCUUCCCGACGAAGGCGAAUCCUAUAAAUCCAGUCAGCCGCCAACUCCAGCUGUUGGAUUUCCAGGGAUAUCAAUGGGACUGCUGGGGGAUCAUGGGCCCUGUAUGGAACACGAUCAUGAAACAGUGAGGCCGAUUAUCGUGGGCACUUGGAUGCCGGACAAAGUUGGAGGUCUGCCAGGAAAGAGCUUGGUGUUUGCUGAGUCACAGAUCGUUCAAGAGAGUAUUUCCAUUCCGGGCUCCAACGUCUACCUCAUGUACCAGAGCAAUCGAGCAGCAGGAUACCUGUCAACCGUCAGAAUGCAGCUGACAGGCUCCUUCAUCCCCGAGUCUCUGACUCAUGUCCACGUGCACGUUGAGAUCGAGGGGUCAGUCCAUACGAAAACAUACGAGGCAGAUCCGAACUUGACGCACACCUUCGCCUGGAACAAGCGGAACGUCUACAAGCAGAAAGUCUACGGAGUGGCCCAAGCCAGAAUAUCCAUCGGCUACCAACACUCGACGUGUCCCUCAGUCAUCUGGGAGACGCAAACAGCAGCCCUCCAGGGCUUCGACGUCGAUAUAUCGGACGUGGGUGGCUGGGGCCUCGACAUCCACCACCACUACAACUUCCACGAGGGCAUCCUCCAGAAGGGCGAUGGUUCCACCCUCCACUUCAAGCAGUACCCACGAGCAGUGAAAGUGGUAAUGGGCACAGGCCUCCAACGAGGUCUCGUCUGUCAAAACUGCGAGGGUCGAGCCACCGACGCACGCCUCCUGACCCCAGUCGCCCUAGCAAGCGGACCAGAUGGUAGCAUCUACGUCGGGGAUUUCAACCUUGUCCGUCGAAUAACGCCCGAUGGGAAUGUUCGCACAGUAUUGAUCCUCAGUGCCACACAAGUGGCGUACCAGUACUAUCUGUGUGUCUCCCCAGCAGACGGACAUCUCUACAUAAGUGACCCCGAGAAACAUCGUAUACUCAAAGCCUUAUCCCUGGAUGAUGUAACCGACCCGAGUAUCAAUAUUGAGCCAGUUGUUGGCAGUGGUGAGCGUUGCAUACCAGGUGACGAGGGACACUGCGGUGAUGAGGGUCCCGCAAUACUAGCCAAAUUGGCACAUCCCAAGGGUAUAGCCAUUGCCGCUGACAAAACAAUGUAUAUUGCUGAUGGUACAAAUAUCCGAGCAGUCGAUCCAAAUGGAAUUAUUCAUACUCUGGUGGGUCAUCAUGGCCAUCACAAUCACUGGUCACCGGCUCCCUGUGUUGGAGCUAUUCCAGCGCAUUUGGCACAACUGCAGUGGCCAACUGGCCUUACCCUCAGCCCUCUCGAUGGAUCCUUGCAUUUUAUUGACGACAGACUGGUUCUCAAACUCACGAGUGAUCUUAAAGUCAGGGUUGUUGCUGGAACACCUCUACAUUGCACAAGCAGUGCUAACAAUGCAAUGGCCAAAUCGAAUUCAACGAGUCUCAUUGUAAAGAAGCCCGACGAAGUACUUGGGUCUGUUCUUGCAGUUUCUUUCAGCCCUACUGGGGCACUCUACAUCGCUGCUUCCGAUUCUCACAGGGUUAAUUCUAUCAGAGUUGUGGAUUCUUCUGGGAAAAUGUCGCAUUUUGCUGGGAAACAGCAGGAGAGAUUGAGACUCUGCGAGUGUAACAAUACUACACCCAGUUCAAAGAAUCUGGACGCGUGUGCCUGUAACGAUGAGGGAAAUAACUCCGAGACUCUGUUGUCGUCAAACACCAAGUUUACGGCUAUUUCAACACUGACUGUAGCACCUGAUGGGGUGCUUCACGUUGCCGAUCAAGGAAGUCUUCAUAUUCUAGCACUGAAGCCUUAUUUGCCCGCACACGACGAAAGUGGAGAGUAUCACAUACCCUUUCCACCGUCAAACGAAAUUUAUGUCUUCAAUCGUUAUGGACAGCAUGUAGCUACUAAAGAUUUAACAUCCGGCAAAACUAGAUACUCAUUCCUCUACAGCAAGAAUACGAGUUUCGGUAAAUUAUCAACAGUUACCGACAGUGCUGGAAACAAAAUAACAUUCCUACGAGACUAUUCAGGGGUUGUCAGUUCAAUUGAGAAUACCCAGAACCACAAAUCCGAGUUGAAAAUCUCAGCAGUCGGUUUCUUGGUGAAAUUAUCCGAAACCGGUAGAUCUGAAAUUGCAUUCGAUUACGAUAGCGGUGGUACUGGUCUAUUGACAUCACGGUCUGGUGGUGGUGAGACCUUCAUUUACAACUACGACAGUUUGGGACGAGUUUCCGAGGUAAUUCUACCAACUGGUGAGAAGAUAAAAUUAAUUUCCAGCCUGUCUGACGACGAAGGGCUAUCAGUUAAAGUUGAGGCACCACUUCAGGCACUCGCUAAAACUGGAAAAAAUCGUGUGAUUGAGUUUAAAAUGAGAACAGAGAGAUCCAACAUACUUACGAUAACUGAUGGUGCUAAAGUUAAAAAAGCAACGUCAUUUACUAAUAGCAGUUUGGAAAUACUUUUACCAGGUGGUGGUAGAGUCUUGAGUGCAGCCCUGACAAAGCAUCCACUGUUGGAAUCAACAUUGCCAAUUGAAGCGGAAAUGCUACCGAUGUGGAGUUAUCAAGUGUUAACACUCGGUGAAUUAACGAAUACAAUGACAACUUCGUAUAAUCUUGUUGGUGACAGUAGUCACCUUCAACAGACUUUAAAUCGUGAAAUUUGGGUCAAUGAUUCACGGGUGAUUGGUGUUGAAUUUGAACAGGCAUUCAGCCGUGAAACAUUUUACGAUAAAUACAGAAAUCCCCUGUUGACCGUGACAUUUGAUCCAGCUGGAUUGCCACUGAUUUGGCAGCCAUAUGAGCACGGACACAGUGUGAAUAUAACGUACGAUAGGUACAAUAGAAUUGAGAGAUGGAGGUGGGGUGCGUCUGAUGAAUCCUACAGUUACAAUGAUCUCGGUGGUCUUGCUGCUAUCACCAAUAGCCAAGAUGGUACACGUAAAUUCACGUACAAUGAGUUUAAUAUGCUAUCAACGAUAACACUGGCCAGUGGUCGUCAAUACUCAUUGGAGUACGAUGAGAAUGGCGGGCUUAGGCAUAUCAUUCUACCAGCUGAUACCAAACACUCCUUCUCGUGUCAGGCAUCGCUUGGCUUUCUUCGUGUCACAUAUACACCACCGGGCAGUACACGUGCUUACUUGCAGCACUACAGUCACGAUGGCAAUUUACUGCAGACUGUGUUUCCUGGCGAUGGAGCAAGAAUAGUCUACAGGUAUCAUCCUUGGGGUCAAUUGUCGGAAAUUGUCCAUGGGGAUGGUAAAAGUGAGAUUAGGUACACUGAGAGUGGACUGCCGUCCGAAGUUAUACACACGGAGAAGGAUGUUGAGUACAGGUGGGAUUAUCAGUACAGUGCUGGACUUUUGGUUGAGGAGAGAAUAGACUUUGGUGCUAAAACCGGUCUCAGUAAUGCCAAAUUCACGUUUGAUUAUGACUCGAACUAUCGGUUAAUUGCUGUUCAGGGGAGAAUUGGAGGGCAGACACUGCCGUCUCACACAAUGGCUUACAGCCAGUGGACUGGUGCACUAGAGUUAAUUGGACAAUUCACUGUUUCAAGGCCUGCACCUAAUGAGACUAAAGUUUACGAUGGUACUGGUGUAUUUUCACGUAUUACUGAUAAACACUUUUUGGAGACACAAGUUACCGUUAUGAUUCAUGGACUCGAAGUAUUCAGAAUGGAAUUUACACACGAUUCUAAGGGGAGAAUUAAUCAGACGAGAACUGACACGAGAAAUGUGGGUGUCAAUAGUUAUACCAAUGUGAAGAAUUAUACAUGGGAUUCGGAUGGACAGUUGACUGGUGUUGAGGCACAAGAGCCCUGGGGUUUCAAGUAUGAUGGCAAUGGUAAUAUGCUAUCGUUGACGUACAGAGGGAAUACUAUUCCCAUGGAGUACAAUACCAUGGAUAGAAUCGUCAAAUUUGGUGAUGGACUGUAUAAAUAUGAUAAUAGGGGUCAGGUGGUGCAAAAUGCUAGGGAGGAGAAAUUCAGUUACAAUGCCAAGGGUUUAUUGAUCCGUGCUGCCAAGAAGGGACGUUUCGAUGUGCAUUAUUACUACGAUCAUUUGGACAGACUUGCUACGAGAAAGGAUAAUUAUGGAAAUGUCACACAAUUCUUCUAUAAUAAUCAACAGAGACCCUACGAAGUCAGUCAGAUAUACAGUCCAAGGGAUGGCAAGCUCAUGUCACUUGUUUAUGACGACAGGGGACACUUGAUAUAUGCACAAAUUUAUCGUCACAAGUAUUAUAUUGCCACUGAUCAGUGUGGAACACCUAUUAUGAUAUUCAAUCAGUAUGGCGAGGGCAUUCGGGAACUGAUGAGGUCACCCUACGGGCACAUUGUUUACGACUCCAACCCGUAUCUCUAUUUGCCUGUCGAUUUUUGUGGCGGAUUGCUUGAUCAGGUGACAUCAUUGGUCCACAUGCCCAAUGGAAAAGUAUACGAUCCACUAAUUGGACAAUGGAUGUCACCCCUCUGGGAGAAUAUUCUUGACAGAGUUCCAACGCCCACUCAUCUGCAUCUCUACAGAUUUAAUGGAAAUGAUCCCAUAGACGCUAGACAUGCUGAUAAAUCGAGUCAACCAACAGAUCACAUAUCGUGGCUGUCUCACCUCGGCUAUGACCUGAAGUCCCUCUCCCCCCAGCUGUUCCCCACCGAACUCCCGGACAGCCUUUCGCCGCCGUCUCUCAAUCCAACUGGUCUCAUCUUUGGGGGAAAGAAGAAAACGAAGAACCUUGGCGUUCAGUCAGGCUUCUUAGCCCACAUUGCUGAGCGUCACUCAGGUGAUGCUGCAAGUCUCUCAGCCCCUCCCCGAUCAGCCCUAAAGAAAGAUCUCAGCGAACUAAUCCCAAGUCGUCUGGGCGCAGCGUCAGACCCACCAUUUGGCCAAGGUAUUCUUGUAUCUAGAACAGCAGAGGGUCAGGCUGUCGUCUCCAGUGUUCCAGCAGCCAACACAAUAUAUCGUGACGUUUUUACAACCGUAUUCAAUAGCUCCUACUUCCUGCCAUUUACAUUCGUCGUUCACAAUGCCCAGCAGGAUGCAUUUUACUUCGUUAAAGAGCAAACCUGGAAAUCUGGCCCCGAUCAUGAGCAAUUGAAACGAUUAGGGGGUAAUGUGAAUACAACAUUCCACGACAAUGAGAAUGGCAGCGGUAGUAGUAUUGACGUUAAAAUACAUGGAGCUAGUUACGUGGUAAAUUUACGAUAUGGCACAACGGCGGAUAAAGAGAAGCAGAGGCUUCUUCAUCAUGCUAAGGCAACGGCAAUCAGAAAGGCGUGGCACAGAGAGCGCGAGGCAUUGAAAGCCAACACGUUAACAAUUGUCGAUUGGAUGGUUGCUGAACAGGACGAAAUAACUAAACUGGGUUAUGCCUCGAAUUACGAGGGUGAAUAUAUCCACGAUGCUCAGCUUUAUCCAGAGCUGGCUGAGGAUCCCUACAACAUUAAAUUUGUCAAAAAAUCAGCGGAUCCAUCCAAUAAAAAACGACGCAGGAGGAGAGGUACACCUGCCUGCAAACUCUGGCGACUCGAUGAGUUGUGCUAGAAGUUGUAGAUUUUUAUAACCGCCGCUGUAACGCGACAAAUGGGUGGAUUACUGUACACGUACACAAAACCAUUGAUAAGGAUACUAUCAAAAAAUUUUAUACCAAAGUCUAUUUGUGUAUUUCAAAGAUGCCAAAACACUAUGAAAAUGGAAAUAAUAACAGAAUGAUAUAUUGUAAAAGCCAUAGGGUCGUAGCAAUUAAGAAAUUCUCAAAUUCGAUGGAGCCAUCGUGAUAACGAAUUUUACGAUGAAGAAUAUUUCGACUGAAUUAUACUUGAGGUUAAUGGGCAAUUUAUCUUGCACAUUGAUCUUAAAUUAUGUAGUUAAAUUGUAUGGGUAAUGUUAUUGUAAGUGAUGGAGUUGAACAUGAGUGAGUGAUCAUUGAGAUCUAGUGUUAUCAAAGCUCUCGCUGCCCCGUUAAGACGUAACUGUUUUUGGUGUGUCACAGGGACGAUAAUGAAAAUGUUAAGUGUGAAUAUGAGGUGAUAAUGUAGACACAGUUGGUGAAGACGUCCACAGGGUCAUUCGUUGCUGAGAGUUCCUGAUUAUUUGAGUGGCUGAGUGAGUGAAAGAGCCUAGUCAAUAAAUUAGCUUUACAUCGCUGAGGUUGAGGAGGAAUAUCGAACUCACGAGUGAUUGUUACAUUGAGACGAUAAAUUCAAAGUGACAAAGUGAUAUGUUUUGGUGGGGUUUUGGCUGUUUUUUCAGUUUUGGAGAACUAAUGGGGGAUGUGGAGAUCGGUGCAAUGAUCUCGUUGAUGAAUGGUUGGUACAUGGCUCGGAAAUACGUACAGUGUCGUUCUUCAUUGGGACAACUUUUUUGUUGAACAUUUGACGAAUUGGGAUGGGGAUAAUGAGACCCAAAAGUGAGAUGAAUGUAUGAUUUCUUGGAACAUCAGGAUACUGAACUUUUGGAGGAUGAUUGAUGUUUUUUUAUACAUAUUUCUUGUAUUUUUUUUCAUUAAUAUGGAAUAUUAAAUGUAUCAUAGUGGUGCUUUCCCUCCAGAAUCAAUGAAAAACUAAAUGAGAGACGUUAAUUAAAUUCUGGAGGUGUCAAAAAUAAAUGGGAGCUGUAUUUUUAACUUAAAUCAUUAACUGUAAAUGUAUGAGAGAAUUAUUAUCGGCAUUGAAAACCGACAGGCUGAUCCAAGGACCGUAAUUAUGUGAUGGAUUUCUUCGUUGGUACUUGAAAAAGUACACGAAAGUUGGAUAACUGUGCGUAUAAAAUACACAUUAAUAUUUGUGCUUGCUGGAUAUGAAUUAAAACGAAAUGAAAAUACAAAAAAAAAUCUUAAAUACACGAGGAUAAAAAAUAUGUUUCUUCACAAAGAAAAAGACUAAAUGUAAUAUCUAUACUGAUAAAUGUUUUCUGUAUGAAAACGUGAUUAUCCAACAAUUUAAAUUCCCGUAAACAGAUAUUAGAGAAGAAUAAACAUUCGAGAUUAAUCUUUUUCCUAGUCCCUUUGACCGUCUUUGAGAUGAAUCUGUUUUUUUUUAAUUACGAGAACAUGAAAAGUUGAUACUCUUUUUUCAAAAUACAUGAGCAUCAUUUUGAUAACUUCACGGAUGAAUGGGGAAGUUUUAAUGAGGACUUACAUGGCGUCCCAUUGCAAUCUAGAUAGUUGCACAAUGGACAUUCAAAAUGUCUCAUAGAUAAAUUACUCAUUAAGUGUAUUAUAAUAGCUAAUAGGCAAGCUUUAUGUAUUUUUCAGGGCGAACAAUUGCCUAGACGUUUUGGAAUAUGUAAAAAAGUAAAUUCACGAAUAAUACAACUGAGAUAAUUUGCGUUAUGCUGACAAUAUCGUAGAUCGACUAACCAGAUUCUCAAUGACGUCUAGAUAAUUCGUUACGCUGAAAUCCAAUUAUUCGUUCGUCAGCGGGUUUCGACGUACUGGCGUUCAGAGAAUCAACUAUUUUUUAAAAAAUUGAGAAAAAAAGGUAACAAAAAAUGUCAAGUGUCAAAUUAACAUCCCCCAAUCACCAACAUCACUUUAUCGAGGGGAGAAACAUUAAUAUAUUAAUAACAGAAAAAAAAUCGCUUUUCUAACUUCCAUGAAGUUUUCUCAUCUCCUUUCUUUUUUACGAUUUUGUUAUUUAUUUUUUGAUAGAAGAAAUGUUUCAAUGAAUUAAAGUGGGAAAAAAUAGGCGAAGAGAUGAAUUAAAAAAUGCUGAAUAAGGGGUGGCCUGGUAGCUAGACCCUCGUAUAUUCAAUUAUCAUGGGAAGAAAGAUUAAAGGAGGUUUCAAGCGCGAUGCAAUGGUUCACGAAAAAAAGGUAAAUUCAAUGGAAGGAAAAACUGAAAAUUACGAGCACAAUUUCAGCCAUGCUAUAGCUACGACCACUACCUAGGGUAGAAAAUUAUGCUAUUUUGCCGCUGAUCUAAUUGUUUACUGUCACCGUGUUGCUGUAAACCUAUCCUAUAACGAUACGAUAUAUAUUUUAUUUAUAUAAUAUCUAAUCAAUUGUAUUUAUUGUAAAUAGUCACGAUGUUUGCUAUGAUAUAAUAUAUCUGUAAUUGGAUGGAAAAUAUGCCUGACAUACAAAAUGAAAAGAUGAGAAUCCAUGCGACCCUACUAAUACCAAAUACUCCUGUCCCCUCCUCAAACAGACAUACUUGAUAUUGAAAAUAAACUCAUUAAAUUGGAUAUUUACAAGUUAACAAACAAAAGAAAUAACAAAUGGAGAUAAUGCAUGGAAUAUGCAAACAAAUUGUCAAUAUUUCGUAUUUAAUAUGAGAAUUUCGAAUUAACUCUAAUACUUCAUUCAAACGAAAAUCAUUUUUUUUGCCAUUCUCAAACUUUUCUCGAUCAAAAUUUAUUUUCAAUUGAAAAAUGAAGAAAAUAAACAUUAAUGAUAGUCGGUAAUUCCAUUAAAAACCACUCACAGCCACAUUUUUUUGGCACAAUGAUAAAUGGAGUCGAGACCCGAUUAAAGAAUGUCCAAUAAUUUACUAUAUUUAUUAUUAUAAGUGCGAUAUAUUAAGUGUUUUCAGAAAAUAUAUGAAUCUAUAUAUGAUAAUAAAAAAGGGAAAACAGUUUUUAAGA